UCUAUGGGCUAAACUUCAAUAGGCAUUAAGGGCUUUUGCAGGGUUUUAGAUCCUAUAGGGUUUCUUUACCUUCUUUGCACUACGGUUUUUCUUAUCAUUUUUCAGGAACGAAAAUGAAUUUAACGUAAUCGAAAUAUUUGUAACCUAUGACUAUGACGUUCGACUAAUUUGUACACAAAUAGUGGAAAGUAAAAGAAAAAUGCAGUCGAUUGAUGAUGAUUUUGGUGAUUUGUAUGCUGAUGUUGAAGUCCAAGCUAGCUCAGCUGUUGGCGAACCACAGGAGAAUAACCCUGGCAAUGGCUUCAAAAGCACCGAGGUGCAUAAUAAGUUCAUCGCCGGUUCAGUUACGGAAGAUAGUGACAGCGAGGACGAUUUGAACAUUGUGUUGAAUGAUGAUGAUUGCGAUAAGUUUUCGGUCACCGGUGCUAGGAGUCACGGUGGUAGCUACGAGGAGAACGAAAAUGGUGAUUUUGGUGUAGAUGGAACCGGGUCGGAUAAUAUUUCAAGGCGAGUGGAACCGUUUAGUGAUGGGUCGGAGCUGAAAUUUAGAGGGAAUGGUGUAGAAAGAGGGACUGGAGCUAAAAUUGAGGUUAAUUCUCUCUUCAAUUAUGUGAGACCUCAUGGAUCAUCAUUUCCAAGUAAUAUAAGGGUUAAUGGACAUACUGGUGUGUUGUCAUUUUCUUCUAAGUCGAGAAGAGGUGACCGGGAAGACGAUGUUUACAACCAAAACAAGGUUGCUACCAUGAAACCAUUGCUACAUCAAUUUGGACAUGGUUUUUCCCUUCCAUGGUACAGGACAAUAUUGGAUGUCAAUAUUGAUGCAUUUGAGGAGAAACCUUGGAGGCAUGCUUCUGCAGAUAUGUCAGAUUUCUUCAAUUACGGAUUCAAUGAGGAUAGUUGGAAAGAAUACUGUAACUCCCUGGAGAAACUUGGGCAACAAACAUCGAGGCAGGCUAGGAUUCCUUCUCAUUAUUCUUCAAAACUUGACCAGGCUUAUGAAGCUGAGGCUGGUCAUGAGAUAGUAACUCGGGAAGCUAUAACAGAGGAUGUAGCUAAGGUUGAUUCGUCAUUGAAAUGUGCUGAUAGAGGAGAGAUGCUCUUGGAACUGCCAAAAGGAAGAGCAAUUAAGGUUGAAGACAGCAUCAAUGAACGCCAACCAUCCAUGGAUAUAAGGCGUCCACGUUUUCAAGAUUCUGAUGUUAUUAUAGAGAUAACUGUGCAGGAUUCCACUGUGGAUUCAUCUGACUCUGCAAAGGAGGAAUUAGGUCAUGGUAGCAAGUCUAAAGUGUCAGAGUCUGGGAAGCUGGAUGCAAAGGAUGAUAGAAAUGUUUGCUUUUCCAUUAGUGCUAGCAGUGAGGAAUUGAAUGAAGAGCAUUAUGCAAGGGCUAGAAAUGUGUCCACAUCUUCUUUGGAGAGGUCUUUGCAGCCGGCAUCUAAUCAAACUUCACUAGAGACCAGUGAUCAUGGCAAGGCCUAUGUCUCUGAUAUGAAUGGGGGUUGCCAUCAAAAUAUGGAAGUUCACAUUUCAGAAGGAACUGCUGAAGCAGUGGUAACCAAAAAUAAGGAAAAUGAAGCAGCCUGCAGAAAUACUCACCAUUCACAUACUUACGUUACUGAGACAGAACCAUCACUUGACAAUCGAAGUCAUUUUAGCCCUACACUUUCCUUUUCUGGAAGCGAUCCUGAAGAUAGUGUCGAUGCUGCUUCCAUUGAAAUCCAAAGUCCAUUAAGAAGGAAAGAACCAGGUUACGGCACUGGAUUACAGAAGUCACUUGAUCAUAAGAGUUCCAGAAGUGAUGGCCCCAAAAUGAAAUUAAAUGAUGGAGAAGAUGCAGAGGGUGAUUGGAAAAGAUACCGAAGAGAUGGAAAUCUCACUGAGGAAGAAUGGAACUUCCCUUUAUCAAAUGCGAGGGAACUCUGUUAUAAAGAUUACUCAUCUGUUUACUGUGGCAGACGGAAGGAAAGAUUGAAAGAUCAUGUUUAUCAUGAUAAAGAAACUUCCUCAUAUUACAGGGAGAAAGAACCUUGUGUUAACCGCAGUAAAAGGUUUACUGACAGCCAUCUUUGGGCUCUCAGCAGAAAAGCUCAUCUGCGCUAUCACUUUGUUAGAAGAAACUGGAAUGAGAAGGAGUUUUAUCAUGAAAGACGAGCUGGCGUAGCUAAAGAAGAUGACAUGGAAGGGUUUUGGUAUCGUGGACAAAGACUUCCUGCUCAGAAGAUUUUGGUUCCUCACACUUGCGGAGAAUCUGGGAGUUUAGCCUCAAGGUAUUCCUCUGCUUCAACAGAAAGAGAUAUUCAAUGGAGAAGGGGAAGUGAAAGACUCCAACUUAGGAAGAAAACUGAUCAUGGUGAUCAUCCCUUAGAUUAUAAGCAUGAAGAUGAGUGGUUAAAACAAAAGUAUGACUCAUCUAUUUCAUUCACAUGCUGUGAAAGGGGUUUGGUUAAAUCAUAUGAGAGAUGCAUACCACCCAUCAGGAGAGAAGUCAAAGUUUCUGGCAGAGAAGGUAGAUUUGUUGAUGCUGCCCUUUUCCAUUUGAAUAGAUCAGGGACCGUUGAAAGUGAAGAUGAGCGUCAGAGACAUGCAUAUAGCAGAUCUCUGGCAUUGGCAAUUGACAUAGAACUGUCAGCACGUAAUGGAAGAAGAUGGUUUAAUACUGUAUUACCCAGAAAUGAGGCAUCUGACUCUCUAAUUGAAAGAUGUCAUAAACAUCAGAGAAUAGUAUGUAAUGAGGAAGACCGAGACAGUACUUGGUUUAGUUCCUACAAUUAUACUGAUGAAAAUAAUUUGCAAAAGGAUAAUGAAGUUCAGUCACAGGGAAGAGGUCGUAGUAAGCGAUCUAGAGUACUACACUGGAGAGAGGAUAAAUUACUUGUAAAUGAUAGAUUGUUUGCUCAAGGGGUGUCUUUUUCUUGUGAAAAAACUUCUAAGCAUGAUUCAAUUCAUGCUACGCGUGGGUCACACCAGGAUGAGGUGUUUAAUGAUGAUUCAAUGUUAGAGCAUCAUGGAUAUGAAAUGAUAAGUGAAGGAAGUAAUGCCAACUGUGUUAAAAGAAAAUCUUUUAUUAGGUAUAGAGGUGAGAAUGAGCAGGAGGUCCUGAAGGACAGGGACCCUGUUGACUUGAUUGUUGGGGAAAGAAAGUCUUCUGGAAGACACUCAGAUAGUAGAAGCUUAGUGAGCAAAGCAAGGGUCGUAAAGAUGGGCUCAGAAUAUCUUACGGAGCGGAAAGCUGAUAUGGAAUUUCAUGACUCUUAUGGAAGCAAAGCAGCUAAUAAAGACAACUGUAAUACGAAUGGCCGAAGAAAUAACAAUGAGAAACAGUUUGGUAAGUUCUCAGUUACAGAGUGUAACAAAGAUUCGGAUAUCGAGGAGGGUCAGAUCAUACACGAAGAGCAAAGUGUUGAAGAUAUUAACCCGGAAAAGGAAAAUGCUUCUGAGACUAUGAUGCAAAGGGGGAAGGCGAAGAUGAGAACAUUGCUCAUGGAUAGUGCUUCUGAUAAGAAUGGAGCUGUAGGUGAAUAUGAGAACAAACGGAUACUGGAGACACUAGCAAAGAUGGAGAAAAGAAGGGAACGGUUUAGGGAUCCAAUCACAAUAAAACGGGAACAGGACAAGAUCUCUGCUCCCCAAGUUGAACUGGUUGUCCAGACUAAUGAAACAAAGCGACAGAGGCCUGCUAGAAAGAGGCAGUGGGGUGUAAGUUAGCUUUUCUAUAGUUUACUUCAUGCCAUCUUACUGAAGAUGAUAUGGUCUCCUCAGGUUUCAGGUGAAGCAGGAUUUUCAUUCUCCGUUCUGAAGGGGCAAGUAACGGCUGCCGUGGUACAUGCCUUUAAACAUCACAAUCAUCAUGUCUCUUCCGUAUAAAAUAAUAUUGACUUCAAAAAUUACAGUGGGUGAAUUUUAUUUUAUUUUUGUUCUUGUUCCAGUUCUUCAUCUUGGCAAACUGCAUAUGAUUUUUUUAUGCUCAUGAUGAAAGUAUUAAUGUUUUCAAGGUUUAAGCUUA